CUUGCGGAAGGAAGUGAGCAUGUGUCAACUUGAGCAGAGGCUUUGAAGAAAAUAGAGUUUGUUGGAAAAUAUGACAGAAUAAAAAGCUCUUGUGUCCUAACUCAGGCCACCCCCACCACCCCACCCACCCCCCACCCACGCCCCCUGUGGACAACAACACUGGCCAACUUCUCAAGGAACUGGCUUCAUUCACAGGCAGUGACAUAUGAUCAUCAUGGCAAAUAGCUGACUACAACUUUGAGGAAUCCAUUGAAAUUAGAACGGAUCUGUUGUAACUUCUCUUUAAUAUUUGAAGAUGGAUCAUUUUGAUUUCCUGAUUGACAUGGAACAAACAUCCUGCUCAAAAGGUUUAGACGCUGCAGAAGGCGAUGACAACAUUGAAGAAGACAAUGGAAUCAGUGCAGAAGAUGUAGCUCCUCUCCAUAGCGAUAACUCUGACUUAUUAAGGAUUUCAGAGCCAAAUACACAAGAUGACAAUACAGUCUUUGCAAGAAACCUAUUACAGAUCUCAGCCAAUCUGGGUAAUGAAAUGGAGCAAGGUAACAUCAGAUAUGCGGAGGAUGUUGAUGAAGAACAUAAAACUCAUAAUGUUAUUGCCGAAGGUUCAUUCUUGAGUUUUAGUUUGGAAAACAAAAGCACAUUUGCCUCGAAUGAGAAUUUAGAUUCAGGACAAACUGAAACAUUUUCUACUGAGCUAACAAAUAUGGCGUUUAUUGAGGAUGUAGACAAAUUAGAUGCUUCUAAUCGAUCAGAAAGCGCAAGUUCAUUGGAAAGUAAUGGAUCUACACCAUGGGUGCAAGCAAUAUUACUGACCAAAAGGACCAAUGAAACAGGAAACUGUGCUGAGGAAAGUACUGAAUAUCUAUUUAAUAAAUCUGAUGGGAUGACGAUUGAGAGUCCUGGUCUGUCGGAGCCUUUAACGCCCUCUGUCCAUGAAGAAAUGCCGAGGGAUAAAUCUGAAGAUUUCGCCCAGGUAUCUGAUGCAGCCACAACCCCUGAUGAAAUUAUUAUGGAUCCAUCAGAUGUUGUUUUUUUGCAACAAGAUGUGUGGCAUCAGAACCAAGCAUUUAUUCCAAUUUUGACCACAGAUAUUGCCACAACUGAGGAGGAGUUGGGUGAAAGCAGUAACGCUGAUCCAGUGGUAAUGCCCAUGAACUGUGAGCCAUCUAGCAGUGAACUGAAAAUCCAUAUGGUCGAGGAAGUAAUUGCAGAGAGUUGCAGUGCAAUAAGCAUAGAGGAUUCUGUAUCCACGUUACCCUCAUACAUUCCUUCAGUGCACAAGGAGCUUGUGGGAUGGAAUAACCAACUAACGGAGAGUGAGGACUCCAGCUACUUAUCAUUUGGAAAUCAAUCACCCUCCAAAGAGGUGAAAAUAACAAGCAAUGAAGAAUCCUUGCCCAAUUAUUUCAAUGCCAAGGAAGCAUUCUUUCCUGAUAUAAAAGAGACCACCGGGACCAGCUGCAUCACAGCGAUCUCUGAAGCAGUGCUUUUCUCUGACAAUCAGCAUACAUCAAUGAUAGAAACUUUCAGGGAUCACAUAGAUGAUGUCUACCAAGAACAAGAAGCUUCUACUGAGACAGAAAACGCCAGCCAGACGUGGAACUCAGUGAAUACCAAAUCAUCAUUCCGCGAUUGCCAGGUAAUGAACCAAGCAGCUCCUAUGACCGAUCAGGAGAUAUGGAGCGAAACCAUGAACAAUCAUACAGUGUUGCACAUAGACCAAGAACAUUUGGAAUGCACAAUAACUGGAAAGAAAGGACCAAUUAAUAACAUCUAUGAUAAUGUUGAUCCAAACAUUGAAGGGAUGGAACUGAGUGACUCACCUCGACAACUGGAGAAAGAUGAGAAUGAAGAAAUCACAGACCUGGUCAUUGAAAAUGAUGUCAUUCAGAGCAAGCAACAACCUCAAAUUCUGCCAGAAACAAGCAUCACAAGUAAGCCAAUGGACUUUGAAGCUCUACUGGCUAAUGGGGAUAAACCAGACCAAGAAGUUGCCAUUAGCUUGGCUUACAAACUCUACCAUCUGGAUGGAUUUAAGAAGACGGAUAUUGCACCCUACAUAGAAAAGAAUAAUGAAUUCAGUCAGAUGGUAGCUGAGGAAUAUCUGCAACUAUUUGACUUCCGAGAGAUGACCCUUGAUCAGGCACUAAGAAAAUUCCUGUUGGCAUUAGCACUGACGGGAGAGACGCAGGAACGGGAGCGAGUGUUGCAUUGCUUCUCCAAUCGUUUCCAGCAUUGUAAUCCGGACAUUAUUCACAGUCGAGAUACUGUCCACACCCUCAUCUGUGCAAUUAUGCUUUUAAAUUCAGAUCUUCAUGGAAAGAACAUUGGGAAAAGUAUGUCUAGUCAAGAUUUCAUAACUAACUUGGAAGGCAUGAAUGAUGGGAAGGAUUUUCCAAAAGACUUUCUAAAGGCUCUGUACCAUUCAAUAAAAAGUAAGAAGCUCGAAUGGGCCGUGGAUGAUGAAGAGCUGCAGAAAUCUAUCAUGCCAAUGUCUGAAGAUACCAUCAACAUAUCAGGCACGACGGACAAAGGCAGCCCUUUCCUGGAGGUCCUGCAUGAUCACAAAGCCCCCACCUACAAGCAAGGAUUUCUUAGUCGCAAAUUCCAUGCUGACAUUGAUGGCAAAAAAACACCAUGGGGAAAGAGAAGCUGGAAAACCUUUUACGCUGUGUUAAAGGGAACUAUCAUCUAUCUGCUGAAGGAUGAAUACAGGCUUGAUAAACAGUCGUCAGAGGAGGCGAUCAGCGUUCACCACUCACUGGCAACCAAAGCUGCUGAAUAUAACAAACGCCCUUACGUUUUCCGUCUGCAGACUGCUGACUGGCGAAUCUUUUUAUUCCAGGCUCAAAGUGCGGAACAGAUGAACUCAUGGAUCACCCGGAUCAAUCUCGUGGCCGCCAUGUUUUCUUCACCUCCAUUCCCAGCAGCUAUUGGUUCAAAGAGGAAGUUUAGUCGACCAAUAUACCCAGCCACUGUCUCUAAACAGAAAGAGGAGGCACAGCUUGAAUCUCAUGACUCCAUGUUGCAGUCGAUUUUAGAUGAUCUUGAUGAUCACCAGCUGAAUGUUCCAGACAAGAAAAGCAAAGCAAAGGAGUUUGAGGAGUACAAAAUGAAGCAGGAAUAUUUUGAAUAUGAGAAAUGCCGAAUUGAAACUUAUGUGAAGCUUUUAAAAAUUAAGCUGAAUGAAGGCACUGAUGAUCUGGACAAAUUUGACACCUUGGAAGGAGAAGGAUGCAACUUAAAAAAAUCACAUUCCAGUCCAUCUCUCAACCAAGAACAGGUACCGGUUGUCAAGGUGAAGAGAAAUGUAUCAGAGCGAAGGACCUACAGGAAAAUUAUUCCCAGCAGGCAUAGAAAAUUAAUAUAAAAAUAAUCGUAUAUAAAAUACAUUGAUAAAAAAGGAUUGAGUGACCUGUGGAAACCUGACUCCGGUAAGCAAAUACAUGAAGAAAAUGGUCAAGAAAAGAUGAGGUAAAAUUGUAGGAACCAACAUGGGGAGGGGGGGGGGGGGUAUUUUAUUUUUGUAAUCUCUUUAUGAAUUUUAAAGGUCAUUUUAUUAUGUUGCACAUUCCACAUUUGGAGCCUCCUGGCUCAGUCAUGUGUUAGUUUAUUAUUGCCACGUGUACCGAGGUACAGUGAAAAGCUUUUGUUGUGUGCUAACCAGUCAGCGGAAAGACUGUACAUGAUUACAAUAUCCAUUGUGUACAGAUACAU